AUGGAUGAUUUCUCAAAUUUGGCAUUCAAUUCUGCAGGACCACUAAUUCUAAUCCACAGUAUUUCACUAUACGCUUCAAAAGGAACUUUAUGACCUAGAGCACCGACAGGCAAAAAAAUUUCUCUCUCUGUAGCAUCAAUGCUCCCAGCAUUAAAAUUCACUUCUGAGGUUCUUGAAUCUCUCUGGAUUGCUGGACUCCAAAGUCCUUCAAAGUCUGCUCUAGGAGGCUUCUUAAUAGGAUACAAGCACUCUCCAGCCCAUUUUUUGAACGUUAACAUCAAAGAAAGCCACUGGCGUGUCCGUAAAACACCAAGAAAUUCAGGAGAUUAUGCAAUUCGAGUUUUUCCAAAAGAAAGCGAAAAAGGAGAUAUGGCAAGGCGAGAAUCUGAAUUUAUGCUUCAGUCUACCCUAUUUAAGCUUGACUCUUAUGCUGAAUUGGAGUUUUUAGAGCCACUUGAUUUAUGUAAAACCUCAGUAAAUUUUGACGUGAAAGGAAACCAAAUAGUAGUUAACUGUCAGAUGCUAUUUCCUUCGCUUAAUAUUGACUUUACCCCGAUAUCACCUUUAAAAAUAGUUUCAACUCCUCUGAGUGUUCAACUUACUCAGAAAAAUGCCAACCAGAAAUUUCAAACAGGGUAUUUAACUCUUGACCAGAAAAAAAGAGCUUUGCCGCUAUUAUGCUCAGAUCCGCUAGCCUUCAAGUAUACUUAAAUACUAUAAAUAGAAUUAUAUUGAACUUUUUCCCACACAAAUUUGGCUAUAUCAUAAUUCCUUUUAUAAGGUUAUUUAUGGGCAGCAAACAUAUCCACUUGUAGGAGUUUGGGCUACAGGCUCACCUGGAAUCCAAGAAUGCCCAUUGACUCAUCCAUUGAUUUGGGCAUCAUGUGUGAGAUUCAUUGAAAGCAAGCUGAUUCAAGAAAGAAUUUCUCCUAGUCCAGACCAAAAUACUUUUUUAUUUGUGUAUUUUUCGCCAAAACCUCACUUUUAUGAAGCAAGUACUAAAAAUAAAGCAGCUUGGUGCAGCCAAAAUAUAAGUUAUGAGCUGCAAAAAGAAGGUAAAAUUUUCCAGCCUCUCAUCUGCAGAUUUUUGGAAGCUAGAAGCAGCUCUCCAGUACUGAACUCGCCAAAAUUGAGACUAAACUUGAAAAAGCAGCCGAGUUUUUUGACACGAGUCAAUACUUUAAACAGUGAUAGGCUAGGACAAAAAGAGUCCACGCCAGGAUCUGUAAGAAGCAGCUUAGAAACAUGCAAUGGAAUUGCUCAAUCCACAGAGCGGCUAAUAAGAGAGCAGUCUGAAAUGCUUAAACGGCUUGAAAAGCAAAUCCAGGACUUACAGAACCAUGUCAUUUCUUCACAAUUAGAAACUCCAAGGAAAAGUGCUAGGUAUAGAAGCGUAUAUGUUAAAAUGGCGAACCAACCCACCCUCUUAAGCUUAACUCCUGUAACUAACACCCCACAGAGUGCGAAAAGAUGUGGCAUUCGGAAAUGUGCAUACGAUGUCUUUUUUGUUUGGCCAAGCGCAAUGGGCUUCUCAAAAAGUAAGACAAUGUUAAUGCUAGGUAUGGAAGCUCCGAGCAUGCUUCCACAAAGAUGGUUAGUUCAGCCACAAACACAACAUUAUCUACAGAAUCCAAAAUAAGCAGCCCACCUUCUGGAUUCCUUGACUCAAAAAAAUCAGCCUCAACCAAUACAAGUUUCAUCAUUUCUCAUUCCGAACGAAAACUUCUGCCUCCAAGAAAAACACGUGCCACCACUUUAAAAAUGAUGAAUGAACGUGAAAGCUCGGAGUUUAUAAAAUCGCCAGUCCGAGCUUCAUCAACAAGAUAUAGCUACUCUUCUGAGCCUUCGACAGACAUUUCUCACGUACGAAGCUCCUUAAACACUAACAGCAGUUUUCAAAAAUCUGAGAAUUCUGACACGACCUUCCCAAUCCCAAAAAUUAUAUACGAGUCUUCUAGUGACGUGUCAGAAGAUGAAGACGUAGCAGAACUGGAAAAGAAAUACAUGACAUAG